UCAGUACUGUAUUUUACUCUACCUGCCUCAAUCUAUCUCAAUCAAUCUACUGCAUAUAUCAGGUAAGAUGUAAGUGUGUUUGAUGACAAACCCCAGAGCUUCUCUCCCGUCUCUUGAAAAACCAGCUUCACUGGUUUUCCCGGAGAUGAGUUUCAGAGCUUUUUCUCGAGAUCCCAGAUCACAGGUGGAACGAGAAGCCUUCAGACGUUCUCAUUUACCACGGUAAGUUAUUAAAUACGGACCUAUCUAUAUCUUAAGUUUCAAUUGAUUCUAGACUUUCACAAUAUCACAAUAGUUUAUUUUACUAAUAAUUGAAUUAUUAAUAAAACACUUAAAAAACUUUUAAUCCAGGGGUGCCUAACAUUGAUCCUGCAGAAUUUUGAUUCGACCUUGAAAAUUCACCUGACUAUAGAGAUGAAGUAAAACUCAGAUUUAAAAAAAUGAGAUAACUUUCUGUAUCUUCAGCAGUUUUUCUACUUGUCCUGCCAGAGUGGAUCAGUGAAGGGUGAUGGCGUCUGUUUCAGAGCAGCUUCUGGCCGCUCUGGAUGAUCUAGAUGCAGAUAAACUGAAGAGGUUUAAAUGGCACUUUAAGAAUUAUAAGGGCUUUUCAGUUGCGCAUCUGGAGAAGGCAGACGCUCAUGACACAGUGGAUCUGAUGAUGAAGCGUUUUGGACCAGAAGAGGCUGUGAAGAUCACGGUGGACAUCCUAAGGAAGAUGAACCAGAACCAUGUGGCCGAAGAGUUGGAGGACAAACACAAGAAAGCUCAGGAUGAGAGCAGUAUUAAGGAUCCUGCCCCUGCUGGAGCCGAAUCAGAACCGAUUGGGGACAAGAAAACCAUAGAAGAUUGGGACGACAUGAGGCUCGAUUUGAAGAUAACACAGAGGAUGUUCCGGCAGAAAAUCCAGCAGAGACAAAAAGAUCUUCAGCAGCUGGAAGAGGCUGUGAAAUCUUAUGAGUACUCUGCAGGAGCAGCAGUGGAGGACAGUGAGAAGAUGUUUAAAGAGCUCAUCAACACCAUUGAGAGAAGCUGCUAUGAAGUGUCACAGCGAUUCAGAGAUCAGGAAAAGACUGCAGUGAGUCGAGCUAGAGAAGGACUGGAGCAACUGGAGCAGGAGAUCAGUGAUCUGAGGAGGAGAGACGCUGAGCUGGAGCAGCUUUCAAACACACAGGAUCACAUUCAGUUCCUGAAGAGUUUCCAGUCUCUCUCAGCACCUCCUGAAUCUACAGACGUACCCAAAAUUCCCUUUGGUUCUUUCUUCUCUUUUGAUGGCCUGAAAGAAACUGUCCGUCAGCUGACAGACAAACUAAAUGAUGUCUGCAAAGAGGAGAUCUUGAACAUCUCAGACAGAGGUAAAGUCCUGGAGAUUCAUCUGCUCUCAGAAAUUAGUCUUCCAUCAUCUGAUAUCUUGGAGAACAUCAUAUUAGAAAUGUGUCAUGAAUGGAUACAGGAUCAUGAAAAUCACACUGUUCUUAGUUUCCAGUCUCUCUCAGCACCUCCUGAAUCUACAGACGUACCCAAAAUUCCCUUUGGUUCUUUCUUCUCUUUUGAUGGCCUGAAAGAAACUGUCCGUCAGCUGACAGACAAACUAAAUGAUGUCUGCAAAGAGGAGAUCUUGAACAUCUCAGACAGAGGUAAAGUCCUGGAGAUUCAUCUGCUCUCAGAAAUUAGUCUUCCAUCAUCUGAUAUCUUGGAGAACAUCAUAUUAGAAAUGUGUCAUGAAUGGAUACAGGAUCAUGAAAAUCACACUGUUCUUAGUUUCCAGUCUCUCUCAGCACCUCCUGAAUCUACAGACGUACCCAAAAUUCCCUUUGGUUCUUUCUUCUCUUUUGAUGGCCUGAAAGAAACUGUCCGUCAGCUGACAGACAAACUAAAUGAUGUCUGCAAAGAGGAGAUCUUGAACAUCUCAGACAGAGUCACGUACAACAGCAUUGCUUCUAAGACCAGGAAUGACCUCCUACAAUAUCACCAUCAGUUCACUCUGGAUCCAAACACAGCACAUCUUUGCAUCCAACUCUCUGAGAGAAACAGAGUGAUGGCUUACAAUGGCACAAUCGAGCCAUUACCAGAUCAUCCAGAGAGAUUUGGUGUGAAUAAUCAAGUGUUGUGUAGAGAGAGUGUGUCGGAACGCUGUUACUGGGAGCUGGAAUGGAGUGGAAAUACUGUGUAUAUAGCAGUGUCAUAUAAGAACAUCAGCAGAAAAGGACGUGAUGAGUGUUGGUUUGGACAUAAUAAUAAGUCCUGGACAUUGUACUGCACGCCCAAGCAAAAUUUCUUUAUACACAAUAGCAAAUUUAUGCUUCUCCCUGUUGAGCCCAUCAGCAGCCCUAGAAUAGGAGUGUUUGUGGAUCACAGUGCAGGAAUUCUGUCCUUCUACAGCGUCUCCAAAAACACAAUGAGCCUCAUCCACACAGAACAGACCACAUUCACUCAGCCGCUCCAUCCUGGGUUUAGUGUUGAAUGUGGAUCAGUGAAACUGUGUUGAUGAAACAGAAUAGAUUAACAAGAGAUUCUAGCCGUAAUGCUUUGAGCUCAGUGUUGGGGAGUAACUAGUUACA